AUGUCAGAUGUUCGCCUUUCUAACGCGAGCCCGACCCUGGAGAGGGUCGAUGCGCGGCAGCCGGACAGCCUGCGGCCGUCAGUGCGUAGAUGCCUCUUCGGCUCACCUGACCCAGUGGAGCUGCAGGAGAUCUUUCAAGACUUUCAGCAGGGAGAGGUGCGCCGCUUCAGGGACACCUAUAACUUUGAUCCAGUGGAGGACAGAGCACUUUCAUCCGGGCGAUUCCAGUGGGAGGCGGACGCGGACGCGCCAGAAUUUUACCGCAGACCGCCUCACGGGAGACGCACCGGAGACAGCGCUCCUCUCUCAGGGGAGACGGGACAGGGGCAGGGGCGUACGCCUCAGGAGCGCUCCAGGAAGCGGCCCUCCGACCCUCCAGGCUCCAGCUGCACGGAGCCGCGCACUAAGAGCUCCCGCACUGACGGGGAGGACGGGGAGGCACAAGACCCAGAGAAGCGGCCCGAGGAGCAGCAGCAGAGGAGCAGCAGCAGUCUGAGGAGCAGGAGGAGCAGCGGCCGCAGUGACAGCAGCGGAGCUGGUGAAAUACUGUAG